UAAAUCAUAAUUUCCUAAACUGCAUUCCAUACAUAUAUAAUCAAAUAAAUAUGGAAGUAUGUACACAAGUAGCAGCAAGGAUGUGGUAAACAGGUGCAUUUAUAAAGUGUCCAGUCGAGCAGUUAUUGCACCCGUUUUUAAAUAUGUGUGUUUUUAUGGAUUAUGAGUUCAGACUCUAACAAAUACUGAAAUUUGAUUCCAUUCAUAAACUCCUGGACUUUAAUAUCUCCUUCGUGUUUCAGUGAGAUCUGUGCUCCUGUCCAGCACUUUAACAACAUACAUGUCAGCGUGUGAUGAUCACGUGAUCACAGCAGCUGAAGCAGGAACUCACCUGCGGCUCGUCAUCAGGUGCACGUGCGUUGCUCGACACAAUCAAUCGGAUGACGCUCAGGUGUGCGCGCGAGGCCGAUGUCCGACAGGUGUCGAGACAGGAAGGGAUAACUAAACACCAGAAGCUGUUUUUAUUCAUCCUAAAUAUAACCGAUAAUAUGUUAAACACAUAAAAUACAGUGACAGACGCGUUUGCAGAUAUUUGGUGAUCAUUAUCGGUGUUCGGUUACCAUGGAAACAUGAAGGAGUGGAGCUGAGCUGCGGGUCAUUGAGGCUCCGGGCUGGUUUCUGGCAUCAUGUCGGACGGAGAGUCUCGACCGUCGGAGGCUGUUUUCACUCAGCUGCAGCAGGGACACGUUUAUAUCGACACAGGCUCCUCCGGGCCGGAAGACAUCUUCGAGGAGGACUCCUACUCUCCGUCCUCGCUGUCCUCGUCCUCUCUGUCCUCCGUCCCCGCCUCGGCCCCCCUGCAGGGGAAGACUCUGUGCUCCUCCUGCGGCCUGGAGAUCGUGGACAGAUACCUGCUAAAGGUGAACAACUUGUGCUGGCACGUUCGCUGCCUCUCAUGCAGUGUUUGUAAAACCUCACUGGGCCGACAUGUGAGCUGUUACAUCAAAGACAAACAAGUUUUCUGCAAACUUGACUACUUUAGGAGGUAUGGGACCCGCUGCGCUCGCUGUGGCCGUAACAUCCACUCCAGCGACUGGGUGCGUCGGGCGAGAGGAAGCACCUUCCACCUGGCCUGUUUCUCCUGCACCUCUUGCAAGCGGCAGCUCUCCACUGGGGAGGAAUGUGGACUUCUGGAGAACAGAGUGUUCUGCCGAUCGCACUACGAGAUCAUGAUGGAGAAUCUCAAACGUGCCAAGGAGAAUGAACCAAAAGUAGAGGAAGAAGUGACCGACAAAGACGACUCCAGCUCCAUCCCCAGACCUGCUAAGAGGGCCAGGACCAGCUUCACCGUGGACCAGUUACAGGUGAUGCAAACCCAGUUUGCCAAAGAUAACAACCCAGAUGCUCAGACUCUGCAGAAGCUGGCAGAGAGGACUGGCCUCAGCCGCAGGGUUAUUCAGGUCUGGUUCCAGAACUGUCGAGCUCGUCAAAAGAAACACAUCAGCCCGAGUGCUGCCUCUUCAGCCAUGAUGACGUCUCUCACUCCUGGUCAGCUGACUCCACCGCUGAUGGAAGAUCUUCAAUACACAACCUAUAUUUCUCCAGACGCACCCCUCCUCACGACACUGACCUAUAUGGACGUCCAAACUCCAGAUCCACUUUUGCUUCAGCCACUUCUAUCCCAUUCAUUGACGCAGCUACCAGUCAGCCACACCUGAGCUUCAGCCUGCCUCCUGAGAAGAACUGAAGCUGAUUGUUUGAUGGGAGGAUGAAGAGCACAUCAUUACGCUUUAAUUUAAAAAAUCCUGUAAGGAUUGGGUCAGUUGAAAUUUAGUAACUGUCCAGAAAAAGAGUCGCACUGAAUUUUCACUGCUGCCUCGUGUGAGCAGACACUUUGAAGAAUCAACUUGUUGGCACUGAAUUGAUUUCAUUCUAUCAGACAGGGAUUCAUGGAUGAGAAUAAGUUGAAAAUGUCAAGUAAAAUAUUGAAUUUUGUAAGAUGAAAGUUUUGUUAAUAUGUGUUAAGAUUUUUUUUGUACUUAAUUUAUUUGGAGGAUUUGAUGAGAUAAGGCACUUUGCUGGAAAAUGAUGUAAAAUCGAUUUGGUUUUGAGUCAAAUGUUAUACUUUAAGACUGUAACUGAGAAAAUGUCAGUUCUGGCAUCUACAAGAGUGAAAAUCAGAUGUUUUUUGUUCCUGACUAAAGACUACUAGAAAAUUUGGGAUUGGGUUGUACUGCAAAUUAAAACCACAGAUUGGUACAUUCAUGGAGGAAGUCUACUGUUCCUUUCAGUAUUAUUGGCUCAAAAAACAUGUGCAAUGUAUUAAACAGCAACUUUAAUACUGGGCAAAUGAUAUUACCUCAGCUAAUUUAUAGUUCAGCAUGUGUUAAACACAGAUGAAAAGCAAUACAAUUUAUAAAUGUUUCCUUAGAUUUUGAAAGUUAUAUUUUACGUCAUGUCAUGUCUUACCUACACACAGGAAACAGAUGGAGUUUAGUAUUUGAUAUUGGUGUUGGGGAUUCAAGUUCAUGUACCAUAGUUUUGUUUCUUUGCUUGGCAGAAUUUAUUUGCUCCUUUGAAUCGGUUACUGUGGAAAGGAUAUCAGUGGUUGUAUGAGAGUACUUAUACUCAUGUUUGUACUUCUAAAUGUAAAAUUUGGGGGUAGUUGGACCAAUUCUUUUGAUUAUCUGCUACUUAAAUAUUUAAUCUACAUCCAGACAAACCUGUAUUUACUUGACUAUGUUUAUCUGACAUCGUACAAGUUGCUUUGCAGUGACACAGUAUGAUCAGUUAAUAGACUAAAGUGCAGUGUUAAAGAAUA